UAACAAUUGAGAGGUCUCUACUGACAGGGUAACACGCGUCAUUCUUCGCCGACUAAGAAACGCAUCGGUUCUGUGAGCUUCUCGCCGGCGAUGGAAGUGAACGGGUACCGGAUAAUUCACAGCGCCGACGGGCCGGCGACGAUCUUGGCCAUCGGCACCGCCAACCCCACCAACGUCGUCGAUCAGAACGCUUAUCCCGACUUCUAUUUCCGGGUCACCAACUCCGAGCAUCUGCAGGAACUCAAAGCCAAGUUUAGGCGCAUCUGUGAGAAAGCGGCGAUCAGGAAGAGGCACUUGUACUUGACCGAGGAGAUUUUGCGGGAGAAUCCAAGCUUGCUGGCUCCCAUGGCGCCGUCGUUCGACGCGCGGCAGCAGAUCGUGGUGGAGGCGGUGCCGAAGCUGGCGAAGGAAGCGGCGGAGAAGGCGAUCAAGGAGUGGGGCCGCCCCAAAUCGGACAUCACGCACCUCGUCUUCUGCUCCGCGAGCGGAAUCGACAUGCCCGGCUCCGACCUCCAGCUCCUCAAGCUGCUCGGGCUCCCGCUGUGCGUCAAUCGCGUCAUGCUCUACAACGUCGGGUGCCACGCCGGCGGCACCGCCCUCCGCGUCGCCAAGGACCUCGCGGAGAACAACCGCGGCGCGCGGGUGCUCGCCGUCUGCUCCGAGGUCACCGUGCUCUCCUAUCGCGGCCCCCACCCCGCCCACAUCGAGAGCCUCUUCGUGCAGGCACUGUUUGGCGACGGCGCCGCCGCGCUCGUGGUCGGGUCCGACCCGGUCGAUGGCGUCGAGCGCCCCAUCUUCGAAAUCGCCUCGGCGUCCCAAGUGAUGCUUCCGGAAAGCGAAGAGGCGGUGGGCGGCCACCUCCGCGAAAUUGGGCUGACCUUCCACCUCAAGAGCCAGCUUCCGUCGAUCAUCGCGAGCAACAUCGAGCAGAGCCUGACGACGGCGUGCUCGCCGCUGGGGCUGUCGGACUGGAACCAGCUGUUCUGGACGGUUCACCCCGGCGGCCGAGCGAUCCUGGACCAGGUGGAGGCGCGGCUCGGGCUGGAGAAGGACCGGCUCGCCGCGACGCGGCACGUACUCAGCGAGUACGGCAACAUGCAGAGCGCCACGGUGCUGUUCAUCCUGGACGAGAUGCGGAAACGCUCGGCCGCGGACGGCCACGCCACCACCGGCGAGGGGCUCGACUGGGGCGUGCUUUUGGCCUUCGGCCCGGGACUCUCCAUCGAGACCGUCGUCCUCCAUAGUUGCAAACUGAACUAGCGAUACAACACUGAAUUCUUCCCGUCUGCAUCCAAAAGUUAGUAAUUUGAAGCCUCUUCUUCAAAUUUCACCUCGAUUCUGAAAAGAAUAAGCUCCCUGUAACACGAUGUAUGAUAUAUAUUUGAAUUUUAAUUUCCGAAAAUACUCAAGAACUAAACA